AAGGGGGCAGGCAGACAGCCGCAGCAGGCACGAGCGCGAGGAGGAGGCCAUGGGAGCCUAACUACAGCGGAAAGAGUCCGGAGUCCGCAACUAACUUUGGCGGAAAGUGUUUGUCGUCUCCUCAAAAACUUAAAUCGAACGUUUUACGGGUAACAAAACAAAACACACACAAAAAAGCAGAAUGAGCCUGGACAAAGCCGAGCUGUGUGAUUCACUUCUCACAUGGUUGCAGACAUUUCAGGUGCCAUCAUGCAACAGCAAGUAUGACCUAACAAGUGGAGUGGCCAUCGCACACGUCCUAAACACAAUAGACCCCUCUUGGUUUAAUGAUACCCGGCUGGGUAGGAUCAAAGAGGAGAGCGGGGACAACUGGCGCCUCAAGGUCCGCAACUUGAAAAAGAUUCUCAAGAGCAUGCUGGAAUAUUACCAUGACAUACUGAGUCACCAGGUGUUGGAAGAGCAUUUGCCAGAUGUGAAUCUCAUCGGUGAGAUUGGGGACGUCACUGAGCUGGGAAAGCUGGUUCAGCUCGUGUUGGGCUGUGCUGUCAGCUGUGAGAAGAAACAAGAGCAAAUCCAGCAGAUAAUGACACUUGAGGAAUCUGUCCAGCAUGUUGUCAUGACAGCCAUUCAGGAGCUUUUAUCAAGAGAGACUUCAUCUGAACCAGGAAGCCCAGAGACCUAUGGAGACUUUGACUACCAGUCACGAAAGUAUUAUUUUCUAAGUGAGGAGGCAGGUGAAAAAGAGGAUCUUCGUCAGCGUUGUCGAGACCUUGAACAUCAGCUGUCAGUGGCCUUGGAGGAGAAGUUGUCGCUCCAAACAGAGACUUGUUCCUUAAAGGAGAAGCUGAGCCGCUGCGACUUGCUGGACAUCCCAAGCACUGCCAUCACUGGCAAGAAGCUGCUACUGUUGCAGAGUCAGAUGGAGCAGCUCCAAGAGGAGAACUACAGAUUGGAGAAUAGUCGGGAUGACAUGCAUCUACGUGCGGACAUGCUGGAGCGCGAAUUGGCCAACGUACAGCAAAGGAACGAAGAUUUGACCAGUCUAGCACAAGAAGCACAAGCCCUCAAAGACGAGAUGGAUAUUCUGAGGCACUCAUCCAACCGGGUGAACCAGCUCGAAACUUUGGUGGAGACUUACAAGAGGAAGCUGGAAGAUCUGGGUGACCUGCGCAGACAAGUGCGCCUCCUGGAGGAGCGCAACACUGUGUACAUGCAGCGCACCUGCGAGCUGGAGGAGGAGCUCCGCAGGGCCAACGUCUUUCGUACUCAGCUGGACAACUACAAGAAACAGGCUCACGAGCUUCAGACAAAGCACCAGGCCGAGGCCACGAAAGCUGAGAAGUGGCAGUUUGAGUAUACGAACCUUUAUGACAAAUAUGAUGCACUCCAGAAAGAGAGAGAACGUCUGAUGUCUGAGAGGGACACACUUCGUGAGACAAAUGAUGAGCUGAGGUGUGCGCAAGUCCAACAGAAGUGUCUCGGUGGUGCAGGAGGCUUGUGUGACAAUGAGGCCACAGUAGGAAACCUCGCUGCAGAGAUGAUGCCCACUGAGCUUAAGGAGACAGUGGUGCGCUUACAGAGUGAAAACAAGAUGCUGUGUGUCCAGGAGGAAACCUACAGGCAGAAAGUAGUGGAGGUGCAGGCUGAGCUAGAGGGGGCUCAGCGGAGCAAGAAUGCUCUUGAAACCCAAAAAAGGCUGCAACAGCAGCAGAUCGCAGAGCUGCGUUCUCAGAUUGAGGGGCUUCAGAAAGCACUUCAAGAGCAGGACAACAAGACUGAGGAUUCUUCCUUAUUGAAGAAGAAGCUGGAAGAGCAUUUGGAGAAGCUCCAUGAAGCUCACACUGAUCUCCAAAAGAAAAGAGAAGUCAUUGAUGACCUAGAGCCCAAGGUGGACAGCAGCAUGGUAAAGAAGAUAGAUGAACUCCAGGAGAUCCUGCGGAAGAAGGAUGAGGACAUGAAACAGAUGGAGGAGCGAUAUAAGCGCUAUGUGGAGAAGGCAAGAACGGUGGUAAAGACGCUCGAUCCAAAGCAACAGCCAUUGACUGUCGCUCCUGACAUUCAGGCCUUGAAGAACCAGCUGACAGAGAGAGAGAGAAAAAUCCAUCACCUGGAGCGUGAUUAUGAGAAGAGCCGGUCCAGACAUGACCAGGAAGAGAAACUCAUCAUUAGCGCUUGGUACAACAUGGGAAUGGCCUUGCAUCAGAGAGUGGCGGGCGAGAGGCUGAGCCCGCCUAACCAAGCCAUGUCCUUCUUGGCCCAGCAGAGGCUGGCCACCAACGCCAGGAGAGGCCUCACUCGACUGUACCCAAGAUGAGUCUUGAAAGGAAACCUCCAGAGAGAAUGCCUCACCCCCAACUCCCAUUUGUCUCUGUGCCUUUUGCUGUUUCACGGUACAUGCCCCAUGGUGGCCUAACAGGGUACUGUGAUGAUUUCCAGAGGAGUGAGUAGCUGUUUACUCAUGUUAAAAGAACAAUAACUGGAGCACAAGGACCACGGGGGGAGGGCUGUCACACCUUUUAAGGCAACUUUUAUUUCUUUGUUCUUUUGGAGAACGGUACACUUUUUUUUGUUUAGUCUUUUUUAAUUGGAUUUUAAGCUCAAUAGAGUUAGUGUUGUCAGAAUUCUAGUUAAGAUUUGGUGGGUGAGAGGAUUUUUUAAGAGGUCUGCUGAAAAUCAUGCUGCCCAUUGAGGAAGAAUCGAAAUGUGGCCUUGGACGUGAAGCUACACUGGAAUACCUCCAUUUAUACACUGUACAACCACUUGAACUACACUUAGUUUGGUGCAAUUUUUCCUGUUCCUGCUCAUCCCGUCCCUCAUGUGAAUGAGCUUAAUCUGCGGGAGAGAAUAUUUCCUGUCUUGUUUUCACUUGAAUAAGAACUUUCAUAUGAGCUGCCAAAAGCACAUUCCCAUAGCAAUGGGUUCGUCGAGUGCCUUCAGAAAGACUCCAAAUCCUUCCUGUGUGGUUAAAAAUGAAGUAUGGGAUAUUUACAGUGCGCUAACGUUGUCCUUCCAUUUGUUGUAAUUUUCUGUAUGUUAGUCGAACAGCAUGUCACACUGCAUGUUUUUCCAUUUGUUAGCUUUAUUUGCAUGUGAUUAUCAUAAGUUUAAUAUGUGGGGGGGGGGGGGGGGGUUCUUCCCCAUUUGAAGCAGGGUAAUGGCUGUGGGUCAAACCUAAAUGCACUCACCACUUUUAGACUCUACAUAAAUGUGAAUGUCGGCAGUUGAAGGCCUCCAAAUUCAUCACAAGUACACAGUGACGGACCUGUCGCAACACUAAAAGCUUGUUUAAAGUUGAAUUGAGCUCCUUACUACGCAGGAAUGUAUAUGUGGAAUUUGUCUAUUCGCAAGAUAGCUGUGUACCUACAAAUGGCACUUUUAUCGUCACUGCAUAUUUUAUACAGAUGAGCUAAUUUGAGCGUUUAAUAAUACAUCCCAUGUCAAAGCUGCUGCUUAGUCUUGUCCUUCAUCCCUGUCAAAAUAUGCUGUUGUCUUUAAUGACCAAAAUUUCCGUGUGCACAUUUUUUGUGGUUCAUCAUUGAGUUAGUAUGUUUGGCAUUUGCAUGUUUCCUUGUUUUAUAAAAACUUGGUCAAGCUCAAGAUCAUAGCAUACUGUUCUUCACAUGGGGAUCUGGCAAGUUUAACAUGUAGCCUUUGUCCUUUCUACUUUUGCGCUACAAAUAAAUGGGAGUUUAAGACAAAA